UUCUUUAGUUUGUAACCGUUUUCUCGUAUGCAUCAAAUUUCAAACUGCCACCGGAAACUGUGAUUCGUCAAUAUAUUCGCAAAAACAAUUUCAAUUAAGUUAGAAGUUUGAAAGUUCGGAGUACACCAUUUUGCUAUUUGGAAGUUGGAAUUCGGUGAGUGAGUUUCUUCUCCAGGUGCUAAACUGCAGCUGUCUGCAAAAAGUGAGUUUUGCGGCAAAAGAAAUUUUUGAGCGGUUGUCGAACGCGGUGAAAGCUGAAAUGAAACGGAAUCGGUUAAUGUCGUCCGAUCAUUGCUUUUGGAGGAAAAACACGUCGCAGUUCCGUGGCAGGAAAUAAGCGGCAGAUGUUUCGUACCGGUGGAUCGCAACGCAAGCCGUUGUUCAUCGUACGCGAGACAUCAUGCCUUUGUUUCAGGAACGAUGGUUACAAAUGGAAGACAGCUGACAGUCGAGGGUUCUGACGAACGAACGUGAAACGUGCUAUAGCCACAUACGUUAGUCAAACUUUGGAAGGUGCAUACGUUAAAUCGGCAGCUUGUUCACCGCGCUUAAGUCCUGCGGUGUUCAACUUAACCAGUUGAGUGUCCCCUCCGCCCCCAGCCCCUUUCAAAGAGAGCUAAAUGUCGUGAUCGUGAAACAACCGUCGUUCUCAACAUGUCCUUGAGAAACGUUUCCUCUGAGCGACGCUCGAAGCCCGUAAUCGACAGAAAAAGGUCUGCGUCCGCAGGAACGUCGUCGCAAAAGACGCGAUCUUCGAAGGACGAAAAUCCUGCAAAAAGUAGCACGAUGAAAUCGCAAGGUCUCCACGAACGACAGCUUCUUUUGCGGAAGGAAAAUAAGAAGGACACUAAGGUGCGUGACAACUCGGGACACAAGGGCCGCUUGCCCGAAGAAACGAGCGUCGCCAGCACGAACCACAAUAAUCCGAUUUACAUUUUACGGAAGGAAAUACACGAUUGGCGAAUGCUCGGGCAAGACGGAUUUGAACAACACAUUAUCGAAGAUGAAAUGGAGAAGAGUUUUGUUCAAGAAAACUACAAUCAAGCAAUUGUGAAGAAUUCAUCGGAUCCAGAUAUUUUUCCGGAAUUGCCGAGCUCCGUCAUCGUCGACCAGUUAACGCAGCGCACGGAAAAUUUGAGUUCUCCGGAAUCGUGUAACGUUUGUUCUGCGACGUCCCCAGACGAAAUGACUUCCGUUCGCAUGUGUUAUUGCAAACAAAAAGAUAAUACAUUGCGUAAGAAAGAUAAUGAUGUCAGAGUACACAAUGGAAAUGGGCACCUUGCAACCAUUACAUCCAAAAAAUCAGUAAUCACGAAUGAAACUUACGGAAAUAGUGGGCGAUCUCCGAGAAGAAGUGUUAUUGGCGGAAAAAUGCUUAAUGCAAAUUGGUCAGUAGAAGAGCAGCCUAUCAAUACUAUUUUAAGCCCUGAAACGUCAACUGCGCUCGAAAACGCCGAGAAAAUUAUUAACAACGCGAAGAUACAACUCAUGGAAGUCUGUGGAAUGUCGAGCAUCGAUUCCGCGCGGCGGUGCAGAAAUACAUAUUCAGACCUGCCGUUGGACAACGAAUCGGAAGAGUUGCUGUACAUUCGCGAGUUGGUGGCCUGCAAGUUUGAUGAAGCGACUUCCUCGAGAUCGGAGACGAAUGGCAAAACGAGCGUGAAUUCGAAGGAGUCCGCUCGCCUUACCGUUCGCAGGACCGAUUUGUCGGCGCCGAAAUUUCGGACAACGCGACGACGACACGCCGAUUGGUCGUCCCUGGGAUACGGAAGCGACAAUCGGUCGUGCGGACGUGCUCCGCCUGCCGAGGGCGCGCCGUCGAAGGACUCGAUCGAGAACGCCGCGACGAUGCCCGGCGAUUGCGAUCGUCGCCGAGCAUCGUCGGUGGCGAGCAUUGAACGCGAGCUCGUUCGUGCGCGCGGAAACGCGUGCAGAAUUCAGACGGGGCCGUCGGUGCACAUCGUCGACCGGGAACUGACAAAGCAGAACUUGGACGACGUACAUAUAUCGCCGGAAUCGUCCUGGGCGCAAAGUCGUGCGAACAUCGCGACUUACAGAGUGCAUCACGGCGAGAAUAUUCCGGAAAAUGUAGCGAGCGAGCCGGAAGCGUCGAAGGCGCUGAAAACUCUACGAGUGAGAUUAGGCACGCCGCGGCAACACGAGAGGCCCGUUGUUGCUGAAAUUGCAACCAAAACGGCGACAGAUGCCUCGAGCAAGUCGAAAAGCGAAGUUGAAUAUGCUGGAAAUAACGGGCUGCUUGAAUGUCCAAAGUUCCAAGCUAAAGAUCACGCAAGAGAAAAGAGUGAUCGAGCACUCGAUGGCACGAGAAUAUCCGGACAUGCGGAGCGCGUGAAAGAUCGAGAAGGGAUGAGUUCCGCCGCGAUUGAUAAUUCACGCGAUGAAAAAUUGAGAAGCGAGCCGAGGAAGGAGGACCAAGCCGAAAUCACUUCCGGCGGCGAUACGAAUGGCCGCUACGCGGAGGAUCGAAGGAUAUUCGAUAAGAAGAGCGGCGUCGGCAAGCGAAAUCGCUUGCGAAGCGACGGGAACGUCGAGCAGAUACGAGAGGAGAACCGAAGCGAUCGAUCAAAGCUGCCGCUCGUCGGCGACGCAUCGGGGAGGACAAGUUUUCUGCGUUGCGAAAAUAUCGCCUCGCCUUGUCGCGCGACGACGAGCCAGCAACCUCGUCGGACGAUUAUUGAUGAACACCUCUCAAACACGUUCGACAGUCACGAUGAGCUGCAGAACGUCGACGACGAGGCACGUCGAUCUUUCGCUUCGAGCUGCUCGGACGAUUUUCAGGCGGAAGACGAUCCAAAUGAGAUCGAUCUGUACCGACCGCAUUUUGAGGACUUGGAUUCUAUUCUGUCAUUAAACGACAAGAAAAUCGAGCGCACCGUGCGCGCAGUGAAAACUUUCGACGAAUUGUCGUCGAGAUUCGAAUUCGCGAAGGACCAAUUGGACGAAGGCGAGCGGAACGCGAACUUCGAAGAAUUUUACGAUAACAGUAGCAAAAUAGCGUUCGCAUUGAACGAACCGGCGCGAUCGUCGAUUUUGGAAACAGAAUCGAAGAACGAGGACCUCGUGCGCGCAUCAGAAACUCGUCGAAAAAAGAUGGACGCAAAUCCGCAGGCGACAUCCGUGGACACUGUCGGGAGGAAAUCAAGUUUCGCGAAGGACAAUGAUAGUCCUAGCAACUGCUCGAAAAACUUGGUGGAAUCAAGUGCGUAUCCUGCAUCAGACGCGAAUAACGGCUCCAGGACGCCUCGUAAAAGGGACAAGACACAAAAGUCAAAGUCCGAGGCGCACUCAUCGGCGUCAUCGUUGGAUAAAUGGGACGUCACGACGUUCUCCAACAUAGUUCCCGCGUUAUCCAGCACACGCACGGAGACGCAGGACACUCAUCGCGAUGUGAAAUCGCGUGCGACGACCGCGUGCAAAUUCUCGGAACUCGAUCGUCCUCAGAAGGAACAUCAUUCCGACAGUAUCUUCACGUAUAUUGCGCGAAGCUUGAAAGACGACGCCGCGGAUCGGUUCGUCGCCUACUUCCUGCAGGACGAGAAGCAGAGCGUCGAAAGGAAAGUCACGAGUGCCGUGAAGGAGUCGGCGAUCGAGCCCGCGACAAUACGGAAACUGCUCGAUCGUUUGCGCGAGGCCGAGACGAUCUGCGACGCGCGUCGAACGGAAACUUUGGACAUCCUGAAGAAUGUGCUGAUUAACGUCGAAAAAGAGACCGAUCGAGGCGUCAGUGAUGAAGAUGCAAACGACGAGGAGAAAGCCGCUUCUCAGAAGGUUCCUGCUUCUUCGAUCGCAGCGAACGCACCGCCGAACACGACUGCGGAUUUGAUCUCGCGAGAGGAAAGCACGCAACAAGCGAAAACUAAGGUGGACGAGAUUGAACGAGUCGUCGAAAAUUCUCGCAACCUCAAAAAUGGCGACGAACAUACGUCCGGUUUGCUCGAGCUGCGAGAAACGAAGGGAAGCGUUCGCUUCGCGUGCGACUCCGCGCCUGGCUCUAAGAGCGACAGCAAAAUGAAGGAAAACUCGUGCUCGGAGAGCGAGUCGUUGAAGCAGAUCUCCGACAUUCGCAGCGACGACGAUAAAAACUCCGGCGAGAAUCUUCAGAAUUUGUCCGCGAAGACUGCAAAAUCGGACGAUAGGAUGGAAACUGACGGUCGGGAUGCUGCGAUCGCGCCAUCCGGAAACGAAGAGGGUCACAUAAACAAUGAGAAGCACGAAAAUGAGCCGGCUCGUGUGCAGGAUAAUAAAGAUUCCACUGCUGGCGAGCGGCGUGAAAACAAAAGUGUCGUCGCGGCGGCCGACAGUCACAAAGACGAAAAUAAAACCUCGGGGCUUGUGAGAAGCGACAAUGAACAGCAAAUGACUGCCGAUCUGGCGCGAUUGGAUAUCUCGAGAGAAGCAUUCGACGCCGUAAAAGAAACUCGAGUUGAGGCGAGACACAAGAAUAACACGUCGGCUGAUAAAGAAUCCGCAUUUCUGAACGGUUCGGAGACGAAAAACGAACGAGUUCACUCAGAAGCGAGUUUUGCCGGAUCGAAAUUCGCGGAUAAAGUAGCGGCAAAGAAGGACGCCAGUCUCGCGUGCUCGACGGCGCAGGAAAAUAUCGAAUCUUUACACGAAAACAAUGCGCGGCAACUUGAGGAAAAGAUUGGUCCUGCGGAUUGUCGCUCGGCUGAUUCUUUGCGAGAUUACGUUUCGCUAUUGAGUCUGAAGAAUAGCGGAUCGUCUUUAAAAGACGUCGCGUCGACGAACAAGCAUAUUUCUCCUAAUUUUGCCGGGGAGAAUAAUUCAAAGGAUGUAAGAGGCGACGAUAUUUUCGGCAAAUCGAUCGAGAAUCGCAGAAAUGGAAACAAAGAAGGAGGACUUCUGAACGGCGCAAAAAGCGAUAAUGAAAAGCAACCGAUUGAUCGGACGAAUGCAUUACGGAAGUAUAAAAUAAAUAUUCCGUCCAGCUCUAAUUCUAGCAUUAGUAGUGCACUUCUCGAUCAUGACGAUAGAUUCAGCAAUGGCGCUUUAAGUACAAAUUCAAAGAAAAUCGAAACCUCGUCCGAGGCGUCUUAUUCCGAGGGAGAAUUGUACAUGCCGAGUUCGUGCUCUUAUUCGCUCGGGGAAGUGAGAAUUCUGAAGAAACGCGACUUCAUCGUCGACAGCACGACAGAUCGUGACAGCAGUAUGACGGUUCUCAUUACCAGAAGUAUGUUAACGUCUUUAAACGACUCUACAGCGUCCCUACUGGAAGAUUCCGGACACAUUUGAAGCAAGUCAUAAAUUCGCCGACACACAUGAUACUUUCCAAUAAUUUCAAUUUUCUCCAACGAUUGUUAUUCAUAUUAUAAUAAAAGAUUUUUGUAUUAUAAGUUGUAUAGUUUGUAUUGUAAGAAAAUGCAAUUUGCUUGUUUAUUUUAGGAAAUUGAACAGGACACGUGUGUUUCUUGUGUUUCGCAAAUCCAAUUCAAUAUACAGGGUGUUUCAGAUCAAACGCAGGUCCUUGAAGGGUAGAUCUCGAUGACGUGAGUAAAAAAUGUUGGUACAAGAAAAUUGUGAGGUCAAUAGUUUUUCAAUAAAAUGCAUUUGAAGUUAACCAAUCACUGGGUUCGUAACUGAAGAAUUUAUUUCUUAUACACAAGCGAUUGUUUAAAACAAUUGAGUUUUAUUUUAAUGCUUACUAAUAUGAUAGUGUUAAUAAUAAUUUCUAAACGAUAUGUAAUUGAUGUGGCAGAAUGUAUUGCAAACGAGAAUGAUUCAUGCCGCGCCGCUCCUGAUGGCCCGAAAUGCGAACCCCGCAUGAUUGGUUAACUUCAAAUGCAUUUUAUUCAAAAACUAUUGACCUCACAAUUUUCUUGCACGGACAUUUUUUACUCACAUUAUCAAGAUCUAUCCACCCCUUCAAGGACCUGCGUUUGAUCUGAAACACCCUGUAUACUAUAAAUUAUAAUUUAAUGAUUAAUAGCUAACUGGAAUGAAGUUUAACGAUCAAUUCUACGAUAUGUAUAAAUAUAUAUUUGUAAGAAUAAAGAAUCAA